UUCGCUUGCUUUCGAUGAAGAAUGACAGCUCGAUAGGAAAAACUAAUACUGGCUGGCUGUUCAGUUCCCUGUUCAGUGUAACUGGUGACCGCUCGCAGCUACAGAAGCUCCUGUCGUCUCAUCCAGGGCCCAAUAAUGUGGAUUUUCGGAUACGGUUCCCUCACAUGGAAGGUGGAUUUUCCGUACCAGCAGCGGGUAGUUGGAUACAUCAAAGGCUAUGCUCGCAGGUUCUGGCAGGCAAGCAUUGAUCACCGAGGAGUUCCGGGAAAACCAGGAAGAGUUGUCACUUUGGUACCGUCCAAGGAUCCUGAGGAGAAGGUUUGGGGUGUAGCUUAUAAGAUCAGCGAAGAAAAGCAGGAGGAAGUGAUGGCCCAUCUCGACCACAGGGAAAAGGAUGGAUAUCAGCGCACGCCUGUCACCUUCUUCCCCCAGGAGGCUGCGUUGAAACCCUGGGAACUUAUCAUCUAUUUAGGUUCAGAAACAAACCCCUUUUAUACAGGGCCAGCAAAAGAAGAUGAAAUUGCCCAGAUUAUAGCAUCAGCUGCAGGGCCAAGUGGUUCAAAUAAGGAGUAUCUUUUCCAGUUAGCGCAGACUAUGAGGUCACUGAACAUAAAUGACAAUCACUUAUAUAGCAUAGAAAAUAAAGUGAAAAGUAUCAUAGAAAAUAUCAAUCAAAAGACUUAAGGUAGUAGAAUAUGAAGCAUUUUACUUAGUAGAAAGAUUGUAAAGUACGACAAAGGAUUGGAUGCUUUUCUGGAAUUGCGACUUCUGUAACAUCUUUAUAGCUAAUUUUCUUUAUAGAGAAAUCAUUAGAUUUUAUGAAACAAGGGGGAGAAAAGAAAUGCAGUUUACCUUCUUUAUUUAAUUUUGUUUAACCCACUAAUGCCGGUAUAUUUUAAAGCCAAAAAUAGUAGUUUCCGGGUGGCUACAAAAUUGGCGCGCUGGGCUGGCCUGGAAUCUGCCCGCGCGCUGGCCAUGGCCCGCAACGUAUUUGGAGCGCAAGCUCCAAUCCAUCGUCACACUGGCAGGACACACGGCAAUGUUUAUUUUUCCAGGUGUCUCAUAUAUGGGACACCCAUUAUAAAUGGGUUUAAUGAGUUAGACAGUUGAGGAUAAGGAGAUAUAAUAUGAAGUGUUUAUAUUCAGUAAAUGCAAAUGAAUAAGACCUCAUUGUGCCUUGCUGAGUUUAUUUAUUGUUCUUAAUCUACCAUGUUUUAUAUUUUAAGUUUUGAUAAUAGAAAAAAUAAACGAAGAAAAAUGUAUAAUAUAUAUUAAGAUAUUAAAAUCAGUUCCAAAUAUUUCAUUUCUUGCUCAAAACUGUGAUAUAUCACAUUGAGAUUAAAUUGUGAAUAUGAGUGUAAAAUAUUAUUAUUAUGCAUUACAGUUAUUCUCAUUUGUGAUAAUCAGUUGAGACAUAAAGCAAAUAGUUUCUCUCUUUAAGGUUUCAUAAAUGAUGCUGACUAAUAAUUUAUCCUUUUACCAAGGAUGAGAGAUUAUUAUAUAAGAUAUUGUAAGAAAUGUGAGUUUGAAGGUCAUAGCUAGAGGCAAGGACAAGAAGAGCCAGUGUCCCGAGAGUCAAUAUUGAGAAAAAGGCAUUUGAAAGUCUGCUCCAUUAAUUGAAAUUCAGUGAAUAAUGAUCCAUGAAAUAUAGUUUUUUCUGUGACCAAUCAAACUGUGUUGUGAUAAUCAAAUCCUUUUUCAGACUUUUUGGACAUAGUGAAAAUAAAUAUUUUUGACAAUAAAAAACACAUAUGAUACAUUUUUUUACUGUAAUUCUUUCAAAGCAAACAUUAAAAAAUAAUCUUUUGCUGAUUAAUUGAGAAAUUAUAAGACAUUGCUACUGAUGUUAAAACAAUUCCUCCUAAUUCUACCAUUUAAGGUUUAGAAAUAUAAAUAAAGUUCCUUUGACAAUAAUUUUUUAAUACUUUCACAUCAUUUUUUCUUUUUUCCUUUUGUAACUGUAAAAUCUGUUAACUGUGUACUGAAGAUGGUAUAAUACUACAGGAAAAGGCAAAAUGAUAAAAGCAGUAAACCGCUUCUCUUGCUAUGUAUUAAAAAAGCAGCUGUUUGUGGCAAUCAGUCACUCGAUGAAAUGUACAAUUUUCAGUGAAUUAAAAUUCAAAGCAGUGCUUGUGUGGCAUCUCAAAUGCAAUGAUUUUGCCUUUAUAACACAUUAAUUUUCAGUUUGGGGGAAGGCUUAUCUCAAAAUUGCCAUUUUUGGAUACUGACCCUUUUAGCACUCGGUGCUAAAUGUAUACUCGAAUAGAUUUAGCCAAUGAAGAUAAAAUUUCUAGAAGGCAUUAUGAACUUGACUUUUAUGAAUAUUUAUUUUCAGGCUAGAAGUGACAAUUUUUGUGAUCUUUUAAAAACCAGUUGAGGGCACCUCAAAUAUCUAGUUCUGCAGGUAUCAAUGCACACCAAAUAUUCAGUUUGAAUAGUACAGUACCUCUUGAUGAGAUCUCCUGAUGAACUUUGCCUUAGCAAGUGCUGGUGCUAAAAUCCCUCUUUGGUGCAAUUUUUGGUUUAUCUGUGCAAGUGCACUAGUAUUAGGAGGAUGAUAACAUUAUGUGCACGCUAUUGAAUGACUUUCCAGAUUGGAACAAAUAAAGAAGUAAUAUUCA